AUGAGGCUGGCAGAGGCCCAGGUCACGCUGAGGACGCCCCUCUUGCUGCUUGGGCUCUGGGCGUCGCUGGCUCCAGUCCAGCGCUCUCAAGGACAUCCCUCAUGGCGCUACAUCUCCACCGAGGUGGUGAUUCCCAAGAAGGAGUCGCAGCAUGGCAAAGGCAUACAGAUGCCAGGCUGGCUCUCCUACAGCCUGCAUUUUGGGGGCCAGAGACACGUGAUCCACAUGCGGCGCAAGAAACUCUUUGUGCCCAGAGAUCUGCUGCUGAUGACUCAGGAUGACCAAGGAGCCUUACAGAUGGACUACCCCUUCGUGCCUCUAGGCUGCUAUUACCUUGGCUACCUGGAGGAGGUUCCUUUCUCCAUGGUCACCAUGGACACGUGCUAUGGGGGUCUCAAAGGGAUCAUGAAGUUGGACGACCUUGCCUAUGAAAUCAGACCCCUCAAGGAUUCCCAAAGGUUUGAACACAUUGUUUCUCAGAUAGUGGCAGACCGAAAUGCAAUGGGACCUACCUAUAGACUGGGGUAUGAGGAGAGGGACCCCCUGUUCUCUCAGGCAAAUGCCAGUGAGGUGCCCAGGAUCUCUAGCAAGCUCUAUGCAUCCCACAGAGGACUGAUCAGAGGCCUUCUCAUGAGCUCAAGGUCGAUAUAUAAUGUGUACAACAAUGUAACAAACUGUGCAAUAUUUAUGAUAAAUCUAGCCAGUUUGAUUGACACAAUGUAUCAAAGUCUUGAUAUAGGUUUCUAUGUUAGCUGCGUACUCGUUUAUAAUCAGAGAGAUCCAACUGAGCUAACCGUCCUUCAGGUGCCAGGCAGUCCCUUUUUUCAGUAUUUUGAGCGUUCGUUGUAUAGAACUCUGAAUCCACAUUCAAGCAUAUUAGUGAAUCAAGAGGGGCCCCACGAACUUCAGUUUAAUCCAGUCCUAUAUGCUAUGUGCAACGCGCAAAAUCUCAUCAUGGUGGGUUCUCUAUACAGACAUUAUUUAUUGCUGUCUAUCAUUUCAAGCCAACAGAUUGGGAGAACGCUUGGUCUGUAUUAUGAUGAAUCCACUUGCAUUUGCCAGAGAAGGACUACCUGCAUCAUGAACAGAUACCCUGUGCUGACAGAUGUCUUUAGUAACUGUUCCUUUGAACAUACACAGCACAUAGUUGGCAACAAUGUAGCGAAAUGCAUAUUCAGCAGUCACAUGUUGUAUCACAAUAAAAGUCUGACACAUGCCCGUUGCGGAAACUACAUAGUGGAUAUCGGGGAGCAGUGUGACUGCGGCUCCUUCAAGCAGUGUUACAGCAACCAGUGCUGCAACAGUGACUGUCGCUUGACGCCUGGAAGCGCCUGUAACACAGGCAGAUGCUGCGCAAACUGCACCUACGCCCCCGUGGGGACUCUCUGCAGACCAAUCCAAAAUAUAUGUGAUCUUCCGGAGUACUGCGGAGGGGUGUCCUUGGAAUGCCCCUCAGACUUUUAUCUGCAAGAUGGAACCCCGUGUACUGAAGAGGGCUAUUGCUAUCACGGAAAUUGCACUGACCGCACCGUGCAUUGCAAAGAAAUCUUUGGUGAAACCGCUGUGAAGGCUCCAGAUAGCUGCUAUACCAUAAACAGAAAAGGCCAUCGAUACGGACACUGUCGAAGAGCUGAAGAGGAAGUCAGAUUUCAGGCCUGUGCAGAAGCAGAUAUUCUGUGUGGAAGGCUGCAGUGUAUCAAUGUCACUCACCUUCCCCAGCUACAGGAACAUGUCGGCUUCCAUCAGUCUCUCAUCUCAGGUCACUUGUGUUUUGGAGUGGAUUCACACCGUUCCACAGGAGCAACGGAUGUGGGUCACGUGAGAUCUGGUACCCUCUGUGCUCCUGGAAGGUUCUGUGACAAUACCUAUUGCAAUGGUACUAUGGAACAAAUAAAUUACGACUGUGUCCCUCACAAAUGCAGUCUUAGAGGAAUCUGCAACAAUCUGAGGAACUGUCACUGCCAUGUGGGGUGGGAACCUCCACGGUGCAUACAGAGAGGUGCGGGAGGGAGUGUAGACAGCGGACCCCCUCCACGAAGAGUGCGGACAGUGUCGCACAGCCAGGAGUCAGUGAUAUAUCUGAGAGUGGCCUUUGGCCGCAUUUACGCCUUCAUAACUGUGCUCCUCUUUGGAGUGGCCACAAAUGUAAGAACUAUCAAGACCAUUGAAGUUAAGGAAGUGACAGUUGAUGAAAUUAAAUAG